AUGCUAGACGACCAUUUUGGAAUUAAUGUCGUUGAAUUCAUGGCUGCAGGUUUGAUUCCUGUCGCACACAAGUCUGGCGGACCUACACAAUAUAUCAUCCUCCCGUUCCAAGGACAACUGACAGCAGGAUAUCACGCUGAAAAGGUCGAGGCAUUCACAGAGGCGUUACAUAGUGCCCUCACAUUAUCAACUGAUGAAGACCUUGCCAUGCGACAGCGCGCGAGAGCUUGGACCGUUCAGCGCUUUUCUAAAGAGGAAUUUGAAAAGGGCUAG